CCGGAGCGGCGAGCCUUCCCGAGAGGCGGCGGCGGCAGGAGCAGCGCGGCCGGGAUGAGCGGGAGCGGCGCGGCGCCCGGCUCGGGCUCGGGCUCCUCCCCGACCGCCUGCCGCUUCGCGCACUACUUCGUGCUGUGCGGGAUCGACGCAGACAGCGGGCUGGAGCCCGACGAGCUGGCGGGUGAAAAUUUUGAUCAGAGUCCUCUGAGAAGAACAUUCAAAUCCAAAGUGCUGGCCCACUAUCCUGAGAAUAUAGAAUGGAACCCUUUUGAUCAAGAUGCAGUGAACAUGCUGUGCAUGCCUAAAGGGCUGUCUUUCAGAACUCAAACUGACAAUAAAGACCCUCAGUUCCACUCAUUUAUAAUUACCCGGGAAGAUGGUUCCCGUACCUAUGGUUUUGUUCUCACUUUUUAUGAGGAAGUUACAAGUAAGCAGAUCUGCACAGCCAUGCAGACGCUCUACCAGAUGCAUAACGCUGAGCACUACAGUGGCGUGUAUGCUUCGUCCUCCUGCAGCAUGGAUUCUCUGGCGAGCAGUGUUGACGAGGGAGAUACAACUUCCCUUUUGAAACUCCAGCGAUACAACUCCUAUGACAUCAGCAGAGACACGCUGUACGUUUCAAAAAGUAUAUGUUUGAUCACACCGCUGCCUUUCAUGCAGGCCUGCAAGAAAUUCCUUAUCCAGCUUUACAAGGCAGUUACCUCACAGCAGCCGCCGCCCUUGCCGCUUGAGAGCUACAUCCAUAACAUUCUCUACGAGGUACCCCUUCCACCUCCAGGGAGGUCACUGAAAUUUUAUGGUGUUUAUGAACCCGUCAUCUGCCAGAGACCUGGGCCCAGUGAACUCCCCCUCUCCGAUUACCCUCUUCGAGAGGCCUUCGAGCUUCUGGGAUUGGAGAACCUGGUGCAGGUGUUUACCUGUGUUCUUUUAGAGAUGCAGAUCCUUCUCUACUCACAAGAUUAUCAACGCUUGAUGACUGUGGCGGAAGGCAUCACCACACUUUUGUUCCCAUUUCAAUGGCAACAUGUUUAUGUGCCCAUCCUCCCUGCUUCUCUGCUACAUUUUCUUGAUGCUCCUGUCCCUUAUCUGAUGGGCCUUCAGUCAAAAGAAGGAACUGACCGUUCUAAACUAGAACUUCCUCAAGAGGCUAAUUUGUGUUUUGUGGAUAUUGACAACCAUUUUAUUGAACUGCCUGAAGAAUUUCCACAGUUCCCCAAUAAGGUGGAUUUUAUCCAGGAACUCUCUGAAGUGCUUCUUCAAUUUGAAAUCCCUCCUGAGGGCAGCCUCCAUUGCAGUGAGAGUGCCACAAAACUGAAGAAUCUGGUUCUGAAGGACUUGGUUAACGACAAGAAGAAUGGCAACGUCUCCAGUAACAACAUCAGCAUGUACGAGUUACUGAAGGGCAAUGAAACCAUAGCCCGCCUCCAAGCUCUGGCCAAGCGGACCGGUGUGACCGUGGAAAAAAUGGAUCUCUCUGCCACACUGAGUGAAAAAGAAAAGGAUUUAAAACUGCAGUGUGAAGAGGCAGAACUAAGGGACUACCAGCUCAACGUGCAGCUUCGUGAGGUCUUUGCUAACCGCUUUACACAGAUGUUUGCAGAUUAUGAAGCGUUUGUGAUUCAGACUGCCCAGGACAUGGAAUCCUGGCUGACCAACCGAGAACAGAUGCAGAACUUUGACAAAGCUUCCUUUCUCUCCGACCAGCCUGAGCCUUACCUGCCAUUUCUUUCACGCUUCAUUGAAACACAGAUGUUUGCCACCUUUAUUGAUAAUAAAAUUAUGUCUCAGUGGGAAGAGAAGGAUUCUUUGCUUCGGGUCUUUGACUCUCGGAUUGAGAAGAUGAGACUGUAUAAUGUAAGGGCACCCACCUUGAGGACAUCUAUUUAUCAGAAAUGCAGCACUUUAAAAGAAGCAGCCCAAUCAAUUGAGCAGCGACUGAUGAAAAUGGAUCACACGGCAAUCCACCCACAUCUGCUUGAUAUGAAAAUUGGUCAAGGCAAAUAUGAGCAAGGGUUCUUUCCAAAGUUACAGUCUGAUGUCUUGGCAACAGGACCAGCUAAUAACAAUCGUUGGGUAAGUCGGAGUGCCACGGCGCAGCGCAGGAAAGACCGCCUUCGCCAACACUCGGAGCACAUUGGAUUGGACAACGACCUGCGGGAGAAAUAUAUGCAAGAGGCACGAAGUUUAGGAAAAAACCUGAGGCAACCCAAACUGUCAGACCUCUCUCCUGCGGUGAUUGCACAGACCAACUGCAAAUUUGUAGAAGGCUUAUUGAAGGAAUGUAGAAUGAAGACAAAGCGCAUGUUGGUGGAAAAGAUGGGACAUGAAGCAGUGGAACUGGGCCAUGGAGAAGCAAACAUAACCGGCUUGGAAGAGAACACCUUGAUCGCCAGCCUCUGUGACCUACUGGAAAGGAUAUGGAGCCACGGCUUGCAGAUCAAGCAGGGGAAGUCAGCUUUGUGGUCACAUUUAAUUCAGUUUCAGGACAGAGAAGAGAAGCAAGAGCACCUUGCAGAAUCUCCAGUUGCCCUUGGACCAGAAAGAAGAAAAUCUGACUCAGGAGUUAUGUUGCCAACACUCAGGGUCUCUCUUAUCCAAGACAUGAGGCAUAUUCAGAACAUGAGUGAGAUCAAGACUGACGUCGGACGAGCUCGGGCAUGGAUAAGACUGUCUCUAGAAAAGAAGCUCUUGUCCCAGCAUCUCAAGCAGUUGCUCUCCAACCAGCUGCUCACCAAGAAGCUUUAUAAGCGUUACGCUUUUCUACGCUGUGAAGAAGAAAGAGAGCAGUUUCUUUACCAUCUUCUUUCCCUCAAUGCGGUUGACUACUUCUGCUUCACCAGUGUGUUCACCACUAUCAUGAUUCCAUAUAGGUCAGUGAUCAUCCCCAUCAAAAAGCUGAGCAAUGCGAUCAUCACAUCGAACCCUUGGAUCUGUGUAUCAGGAGAGCUAGGAGACACGGGAGUAAUGCAGAUUCCCAAAAACCUCCUCGAAAUGACUUUUGAGUGCCAGAACUUGGGGAAGCUGACCACUGUUCAGAUUGGGCAUGAUAACUCGGGACUGUUAGCCAAAUGGCUAGUGGAUUGUGUCAUGGUCAGAAAUGAGAUCACAGGACAUACAUACAGGUUCCCAUGCGGGCGGUGGUUGGGGAAAGGCAUUGAUGAUGGAAGCCUGGAGAGAAUCCUUAUUGGGGAAUUGAUGACCUCAGUGGCAGAUGAGGAUCUGGUAAAGCAGUGUCGGACUCCACCCCAACAGAAAUCCCCCACCUCAGCUCGGAGACUGAGCAUCACUUCACUGACAGGAAAAACCACCAAACCCAAUGCUGGACAGAUCCAAGAAGGAAUUGGAGAAGCUGUGAAUAAUAUUGUGAAACAUUUUCACAAACCUGAAAAAGAGAGAGGAAGCCUCACAGUGUUGCUGUGUGGAGAAAAUGGACUGGUUGUGGCACUUGAACAAGUCUUCCAUCAUGGGUUCAAAUCUGCCCGCAUCUUUCACAAGAAUGUCUUCAUCUGGGACUUCAUAGAGAAAGCAGUUGCUUAUUUUGAAACCACUGACCAGAUUCUAGACAAUGAAGAUGAUGUCCUUAUUCAGAAAUCAUCCUGCAAAACCUUCUGCCACUAUGUAAAUGCUAUUAAUACUGCACCCAGGAACAUUGGGAAGGACGGCAAAUUCCAGAUUUUAGUUUGCCUUGGAACACGGGAUCGCCUGCUCCCACAGUGGAUCCCACUCUUAGCUGAGUGUCCUGCCAUUACCCGAAUGUACGAGGAAAGCGCCCUCCUGCGAGACCGCAUGACUGUCAACUCUCUCAUCCGCAUUCUGCAGACCAUUCAGGACUUCACCAUAGUCUUGGAAGGCUCACUCAUCAAAGGCGUGGAUGUGUAACCCACAUGGCUAGAAACGCUCAGUCCAGACCCCUUGUU